AUGCUUUCCCGCACUGAGUUCCUCGCAACCGGMCUGGCGCCGGUCACCAAUACCUCUGACAUCCCUGCUGAAGGCUGCAGCAUCUGUACUGAUCCAUUCAAGGAGCCUGUGGCACUUCCCUGCAAGCACAUCUUCUGCAAAGAAUGCAUCGUCGAAUGGCUCAGCCUCCCUGUUCGAAACACCUGCCCCUUUUGCAGAGAGGAAUGCUUCACACGGACCGUGCCAGGCCCUAGAGGCCCCGUGGCUAUCCGUCGCGAACCACUAACCGCUGCGCAGACACUCACCGUCUCUCGGGCAUUAGCAAAUUCCGGAUUGACGACAGGCCAGUUCGACAUCUUCAGCGAUGACAUCAGCUGGGACACUUCUAGCAUCCAGCGAGCAACUGCUGCUGCAAAUCACUGGUUGUACGAGCAGAAUGAUGUCGUCGGACCAGCUUUCGUCAAUAAGCGUCGCUUGGGUACCGACAUCAUCGCCAUGGGAAACUUGAUUCGAGCAUACGCCAGCGCUGCUGGCAGGCCUUACAGCGCCGGGCAAGUCGGUGAGUGGCGAAUCGUAAUUGACGUCUUGUACAGAUCUAUCGAAGCCAGAAAUGGUUCAUCCGAGGACGCCAUGAUUCUGACUUGGCUGCUCAACAGUGACGUACGGCUUGGGCUGCUGCGGGCUGUUGGAACACAGCGUUCCAGCACCUUCGUUGAAGAUCAAGGAGCUGAGACUCCAUCCGGUGAUAUCAAUCGCUUGAUCAACUACGUUGCUUUUAGAGCUUCGGAGGAAGAAUCUCGUCGUCGGCAGAGACGCCAGGAUAUCAGGGAUGAGCCGAACCCGUUCGCUAGAGUAGGUAUGCGCGUGCAGAACAUCUUUCGUGGUUGA